AUGGCAUUUCGAUCUCAACAGCUCAGAACGAACACGAUCUCUAAGGUUGUAGACACCUUGCCAUCGCUCGUGUUACUCUCCUGCACUCUCCUGUGUGGGCAGUGGGUAUGGCGGAUUGUGUUUGCAACCCUCUUCGUCUUCUCUGCUCCAAGGAUCUUUCGCGCUCCUCCACCAGAUCCCGAAUACAUCCUGAAGCAUGCGCCUCCUACCUCUUGCACGGAGAGCAGCGCGGCAAAGACGAGGGCUGGCGUGUCCAGGAGGCAGCUGGAGAAUGCGAUCAAGGAGGUGAUGGAGCGACAGAUCAGGAGGGGAUCGCAGAUCGGCCUGUCUGUGUCCGUCUAUCUGCAUGGGGAGGAGGUAGCCUCUGUGUGUGGAGGGAUGUGCAGGACUCUGCGAGGGGGAGAGCGAUGGAAGCCGGUUACCAAAGACACGAUCUUCAUGUCUUACAGUGUGUGCAAGGGUGUAUCAGCGACAGCGCUCCUGACGUGUGUAGACAGAGGAGAGUGCGAGUUCGAUCAGCAUGUGACGGACAUCUGGCCAGAGUUUGGGCAGGGAGGGAAGGAGGAGGUGUCUAUCUCCGAUGCUGUCUCCCACAGGGCUGGGAUGACGGGGAUCGGGCUGGGUGUAGUGAUGACGCACCUUGCUGCUCCUAUCACGGGGUGGAGGAGAGCGUGGGAGGCAGGGCUGGCGUACAUAGAGAGGUACAGGCCUGAAUGGGAGCCUGGGAGCCUAGCAAGUUACCACUACGUCUCUUUCUCGUGGAUUAUUGGAGGGAUCGUGGAACGAGCAGCGAAGUUACACAUCCAUGACGUUGUGCUGUCGAGGAUUGCGAAAGUUCUCAAGGUGGAAGGGGAGAUGUAUCUUGGUCUGCUGCCUGUGGAUAAGGAGAGCAGGACUGCGAUGUUGGAAUAUCCUCCGCGUCCUUUCUUUCAGAACCGUCCUGUUGCUUCGUUCAGGGAUCUUGUGCGAUGGUUUGUUGCAGUGUUUGAGACCAAGGUGUUUGCCGGGAUUGGGAAUUCCUACAUCUGGAGAAACCUUUGCCUGCCAAGCUCAAAUGGAUUCUUCACGUCUUACUCUGUCGCAAAGAUGUAUGGAGCGCUUGCAAAUAAGGGAAGCUUGUCGGACGGAACGACCCUUGCAAGAUCUGAGACAGUCGACAAGCUUGUCAAAGAUUGCAGCAACACCUGCCCGAAUGUGAGCGAGAAGUCAAAGAAAGGACCCGCAAUGAGAAGCAAUGGUUUCAAUCCCUGGAGGAAUGAAGCGAUAGCAGGGCCAGAUGAUGGUCUCUUGUUGGUUCACAGCGGGAUGGGGGGAUGUCUAGGUUUCGGUGAACCGUCAUCAGGAUUGUCGGUGGCGAUCUUGAAGAACAGCUACGAGUCUUAUCUGUUUCAUCAGGAGUCGGUAACCCCGGACACGGUAGAGCUGGUGCAGGCUAUCAGGCGGGAACUUCGGCAGUGA